GGAGGAAAUGGAGCCCAGGGUCCAAGGGGUUUUCCUGGAGAUCAAGGAUUUAAGGGCCCACAGGGUGAAAAAGGACUUCAGGGAGUGAAAGGAAUGAAAGGAAAUUCAGGAAGGAAAGGAUUCCCAGGUGUUCCAGGAAGAAUAGGUACAGUAGGUGUUCCUGGGAAAUUGGGACCCAGAGGGAAUAAGGGAGAGUUUGGUGAUGCUGGAAUGAAGGGUGAGAGAGGAUUACCUGGACUAAGGGGGCUAAGGGGGGAUAGUGGUGCAAUUGGAUAUGGUAAGCUGGGAAAUAAAGGAAUAAAGGGGCAAAACGGAUUUCCUGGAGAUGUAGGGCAAGAGGGUGAUGUUGGCAAUCCUGGACUUUCAGGAGAAAUUGGAUUAGGAGGGAUGCAAGGGCAAAAGGGUCCUGCAGGUGCCACCGGCCAAAAAGGAGCAUUAGGAAACCAUGGUCCUCCAGGUCGGCGGGGUAACAAAGGAUUCAAAGGCAUGGCUUCCUUUUCACCAUGUGCGCUCAUUGCUUAUAUUCGGAAGCAUAGUUCUUGCUACCAAGGAACAGCAGAAUGUCCAGCAUAUGCUACGGAACUAGUAUUCGCUUUGGAUAUAUCCCAGGAUACCACAUUCCAGAUGUUUGAACAGAUGAAAAAGAUUGUCACAGAGACUGUGAACCAAGCAAACAUCAGAGAAAGCAAUUGUCCUGUGGGAGCCAGAGUGGCUGUUGUGUCCUACAGCUCCAACACCAAUUAUCUGAUCCGCUUUAUAGAUUUCCAGAAUAAAAAGAAGUUGUUGCAGGAGCUCAAUAGACUUUCUUUGCAGAGAACAACUAACAGACGUGACAUUGGUGGAUCCAUGAGGUUUGUUGCCAGACAUCUCUUCAAGCGAACUCUCCAAGGUGCUAAUGUGAGGAAAAUUGCUGUCUUCUUCAGCAAUGGAGAGUCUGACCAUCCAAGUUCUGUCAACACAGCACUCCUUGAAUACAGUGCAUUAGAGAUUGUCCCAGUCAUCUUAGCUUUUAACAAUGUGCCUGAGAUCAAUCAUGCUUUUCUGAUGGAUGAUUCUGGACAAUUUCAAGUCAUCACCAUUCCCACUGGAGGAGAUUAUUCACCAUUUUUGAAAAGAUUCCAACUGUGCACACUUUGCUAUGGUAUGAAGAAUGAUAAAUGCAAACCAGAUGUUGUCUAUGAGUGUAACAGACGAAUCAGACCACCAAGGGAAUAUGUGGACGCUGCUUUCAUUUUGGACAGCUCAAGCAAAAUAAAUCCUGAUGAGUUUGAGAAACUGAAGGAAUUUCUAAGCAGAGCUUUGAACCAUUUUGAUAUUUCCUCUCAACCUGCAACUUCUUCUGUUGGUGACAGAAUAGCUUUGGUGAGCCAUGCUAUACCAGCAUUGAAACCAGAAACUCAGGUGAUACCUGCAAAGAAAGAAUUUGAUUUAGUGACUUUCAAUACAAAACAGCUCAUGAAAAAAUAUAUCCAGGAAUACGUUCAACAAUUGGAUGGUCAAACUGCUGUUGGCCAUGCUCUACAGUGGACAAUUAAUCACAUUUUCUCACAUACUCCAAACCCAAGGAAACACAAGGUUAUCAUUAUUAUAUCUGUGGGCGGAACAAGUCAAUGGGAUAAAGCAGUGUUAAAGAAAGUGUCUCUGAGAGCCAAGUGCCAAGGCUAUGCCUUGCUGGUAGUUUCUGUUGGACGGAACUAUAAUAGCACAGAACUUCAAGAGCUAGCAAGUUACCCUCUGGAGCAGCAUCUAAUUCAGCUUGGUAGAAUUCACAAGCCUGAACUAAACUAUGCCAUUAUGUUCCUGAAACCUUUUCUAUAUUUUCUUCAGAAUGGAUUCAACAGCUAUCCACCAUCUGAACUUAGCACAAAAUGUCACAAGAUCAGCACUAAAAAAUCAAGACAUGUUUUGAAGCGUCACAGUCAUAAAUGAUUGACAGAAGAUGAUAUAAACCUGCACAUCCACAGAAGCAAUAAAACACAACUUUUUCUUCUGUAAAUUGGUAGAGGGAAAUAUUAAUGUUUAUAACAUGUUUAUAAUAGUGCAAACUUGUCUUUUCCGAUGGUGUAUAGAAAAAAAACAAGAUGUAAUAUAUGAAAUCUAUGAAAUGAUUAUGAUUCUUGUCCCUUUUUAAAAGAAAACUUUCUUUUUCAAUAUUAACAUAACCAUGUCUUGUGGACAUUACUCUUACCUUCAUUGUUCAGAGACAUAGUUGAAUAAAUCAAUGUCCAUUCAUACACUAUUUUAGCCUUUCUUUUGAACAUGUGAAUGGUUGAGGAAUGUGUGCAUCACAACUAGUAUUAUAAUAUUACAGCUGACAAAAUGCAUUAAAAUAAUUUACUGUAACAAUUAAAGAAAUGAAUUUUUAGACUUUAUUCAGAAGUAGAUUUGGGGAUUCACUCAUCAGAAGCUACGAUCAAGCAAGGAUUGCCAGACUUUUCAGUCACACUUAAAUGUAGGACAAGUUAGUUAUCACUUCUUAAUUGCCAUUGGAAGUAAUUCUCAUCAAUGGAUUUCAAAUCAUUUUAUAAAUAAAAUAAUUUCUGGAGAAGCAGCAUUGAUAACCCAGGAAUAUCUUGAAGGAAUAUCUUUAAGAAAAGCUUUGGAUGCUCAAUGACCUUUCUAUUACAGCAA